AAUAAUGCAUUGUCAAUAUUGAUCCACUAAAAGCCCACAGCCUGCUCUGAUCUUCGAUACUGUUGGACUGGGCACCUGUGCAGUUAUGGAGCUGCUGGGGAUAUUGCUCGUUGCCUGCUCCUUGCUGCCUCUCACUGAACAAAAAACCUCAUACUUGAUCACUGCUCCCAAAGUGGUUCACAUUGGCAUGAACGAGACGAUCACUGUUCAAGUAUUCAAGGCUCCCGCCAGUGUUGCCAUCACUGUCUACUUUGAGGGACAAUCAGGGGAAUCACAGGAUGUCCUACUGUCCCAGAGACAUCAGGUCGACCUGAACCAGGCAAACAACUUCACCAAAGUUAUCCACAUGCAGGUUCUUCCAGAAAAGACCAGGCAUUUGGACAUUACCCAUGAAACACAUUAUGCAGUGCUGGUGGCUGAAAUCCCAUUUAGUGUGACCCGAAAGACACGGAUUCGACUGGCACCACGACCUUAUUUCAUUUAUGUUAUAACUGACAAACCCAUCUACAAACCUCACGAAACUGUACGAUACCAAGUCUUUACACUUGAUGAAGAGUUGAAUCCCAUAAGUACCACGGUUGUAAUAGAAGUAUCUGACUCCCAGGGUAAUGUUUUAGCAAGUGUGGAUGAACAAGACGGCUUGGAUUCAGUGCAUAGUGGCGAAAUCAGCAUCCAGUCUGAAAUGUAA